CGUGUGGUAGGCAACUCUGGCCGCCGAUGAUGGCUGAUAUGAUUUCAAGAGAGCAGCAAGCGCUUCCCAAAAUCUACAGAGUGUACUCGUGCUGGUGCGUAUUACGCGAAUACGCGAUGUUGUGGGUGAUGAUAUGCGGGAGAGAAUCAUCAAUGGCAAGCAAGUGCCAGGGAACAGAAUAGCAGCAGAUUUCGUCCGACGGUAAUGACGACGACGAUGAGUUUCAAGGAGAGUCGAACUCGACUCGAGUCUCUUCUGGCUUGCUUUCCGUGGAUGGACGAAUGAGUAGAAUGGAUGAUGGUGGUUGGCUCUUCUCAGCACCACACACUUGGCUGGCUGACAAUCAGCUUCGGUCGAGGUACAAGAUAGGAAGUGCAAAUUUUCUCGUCCUCGCUUCUAUAUCAAGUCAAAUCUAUACCAGAUUAAAUUGAAUAUUCAUUGUGGCGCUCAGGAUCAGGGUCAGUGUUUUCCAGCGAAGAGUGUCCCCAGGUGCCUUCCGAGAUUAUUAUAUUUGGAUCUGGCGCUACCAUAAGGUUGGUUGGGUAUACCUAUAGGCCAUUACAACUCACGCCUAAACUGUAGAGCUCAGCGGCAAUAACACAGCUCGUGAUCGUCGCCAUUUGUCAUCAUCGCGCGGGCCCAAUCGAAGAAUUUUGUGUGCCUCAUCCAGGCGUUGCCGCCAACACCGUCGCUAUCGCCGACCCAAGAGGCCAGAGAUAAGAGGAAAAACUCAGCUCCUCGGUCGCUUGCUCGGUAUUUGGACAGCACCACGGAAGAUGAUGGAUCAUUAGGUCGCGUUCAGGAGGACAGACUGACGAAGCAUCAGCGGGCAAAAAAACAAAUUAAACUUUUUGAACAAAAGUCAAGCGGCACUGAAGUCAGAAACGCAGCAGCGGCGCCUUACGAAUUGAACACUAGAGCAAGAAAAAUCGCAGAAUUUUCGGCAAAUCACCGAAAGGCAUGAAUCAAGCCGGGCCGAGUGGAGCGAGCACAUCUGGACACAGCAGUAGCAGCGCGUACACCGGGGCCGGUAGUGGAAGUUCUACCGCUGGUGGCAGCGGUGGAAGUAACAGUGGCAGCGAGAUGCCCUCAGAAGUGCGCCCGAAGGUGGUCACGGUAAAGCAUCCGGAAUCGAACAAGCCCAAACCUACCACUAAAAAGGGCAAAGCCAUCCAAGCCGAUGUCGAUUUGGUUAAGGAGUUCCAACGAUGCAAGGAGGAAAACGUCCAACGGUUGGAUUUGAGUAAAUCUUCCAUCUCGGUUAUUCCGCCAUCGGUCAAAGAUUGUACGAGCCUGGUGGAAUUCUAUCUUUAUGGGAAUAAGAUAAGUAGCCUGCCGCCAGAAAUUGGCUAUUUAACUAAUCUAAAGACGCUGGCUCUGAACGAAAAUUCUCUUAUGACGCUACCCGACAGUCUGCAGAAUCUGAAGCAUCUGAAGGUACUGGACUUACGCCACAACAAGCUGACGGACAUACCGGAUGUUAUUUACAAACUGCAUACGUUGACGACCCUCUAUCUGCGGUUUAAUCGCAUUAAGGUGGUAGGAGACAAUUUAAAAAACCUUUGCAACUUAACAAUGCUGAGUUUGCGCGAGAACAAAAUCUACGAACUACCGGAAGCCAUUGGCCAUCUGGUACACUUGACGACGCUAGAUCUGUCGCACAAUCAUCUGAAGCACCUGCCGGACGAGAUUGGCAACUGUGUGAAUUUGACAUCGCUCGAUUUGCAGCACAAUGAUUUGAUGGACAUCCCCGACACGAUAGGGAAUUUGGCCAAUCUGAACAGACUUGGAUUAAGGUACAAUCAACUGACAUCGAUACCGGUAUCGCUAAAAAAUUGUAUCCAUAUGGAUGAGUUCAACGUUGAAGGCAACGGUAUAAGUCAACUGCCGGACGGUUUGCUGGCUAGUUUGAGCAAUCUGACCACGAUAACAUUAUCCCGAAAUGCGUUCCAUAGCUACCCAUCCGGGGGUCCGGCCCAGUUCACAAAUGUUACCAGUAUUAACAUGGAGCACAAUCAAAUCGACAAAAUUCAGUACGGUAUCUUCUCCCGGGCCAAGGGGCUUACAAAGCUAAACAUGAAGGAAAAUGCUCUGACCUCGCUACCACUGGAUAUUGGUACCUGGACGCAAAUGGUCGAACUCAAUUUCGGCACUAACUCGCUCACCAAACUACCGGACGACAUACACUGCCUGCAGAAUUUGGAAAUUCUCAUCCUCUCGAACAAUCUACUGAAACGAAUUCCCAACACGAUUGGCAAUCUUAAAAAACUCCGAGUACUGGAUUUAGAAGAAAACCGCCUGGAAUCUUUGCCUUCGGAGAUCGGUUUACUGCACGAGCUCCAACGGUUAAUUCUGCAAUCGAAUCAGCUUACAUCGCUACCACGAACUAUCGGACAUCUGUCGAAUUUGAGCUACCUAUCGGUAGGCGAAAAUAAUCUACAGUUCCUACCGGAAGAGAUCGGUACUCUGGAAAACCUAGAAUCCCUGUACAUCAACGACAACGUCUCGUUGGUGAAGCUCCCUUACGAAUUGGCCCUGUGCCAAAAUCUAGCCAUUAUGAGCAUCGAAAAUUGUCCACUCUCGACGCUGCCACCGGAAGUGGUCAGUGGAGGUCCCAGUUUGGUGAUACAAUAUCUGAAGCUCCAUUCGCCAUACCGGCAGAUGUGAUUUGUUACAGUUGCUGCUUAAGCAACAACCGGUGGCAAUAAUGCACACAUAAAGUGUAAAACCCCGCGUGCAUUUUUUUCCUCUCUGUUGGUGAUGUGUAUUGUACAUUGUACUACAAUUUAGGCCCACAGUCCUGCCCCAUCCCAGGCACUACUCGUGACCCCAGGGGCUCUUUGUUGGGCCGAUCCAAACUGUGUUUCCGAUUGUGACCGGAACUAUGUCAUUCAAAUGUGUGACAGUUUGCGUUGAUGAAUGCGAGUGCAUGCAAUGAUGUGUUAGUAAAAUUCCCUCGGUACACAAAUUAAACCACAAAACGAACGAAAGUAUGACCGAUCGAAAGAAAGAAAAUAAAACAUAGUAAAACAAAAAAAAUCAAUGUGAUUAAAAUAAAGCUUUAAUAAUAUUGCUACAUUAAAUUUAGCGGAAGUAACGCAGUAAGUUAAAAAAAACAUGAAAAAAAACUAAAUAAAAAGUGCAGUGUUUAAAAUAUUGAGACGAAAAAGGUGUUACAAGUUUAAAGAAGAAAAAAGUUGGGUUUAAUUAAAGUAAGAAGCAACGCUAACGAAUACGGAAGAAAAAAAAAGUUGAUAUAAUUUUCAUCCAAUGACAGAAAUGGAAUAUUUGUUAAAACAUGACAGUUGUGGCAGAAUCAAAGAUUUCGAGGUGGUGAACUCUGUUGCGAAAAACAGCUAGCCAGGAGACCGCGUGCAUGCACUCGUGAGGAUUUGUUCACAACAAGUAACUCGAUAUGAUCCAGAGCAGCCACACGAAACGCGAUGUUUUCGAUUAGACUAACCAGCAGAUCCCAGACACAGGACGAGGACUAACGCAUGCUCUCUUUCGAAAACAGGUGGGAGUCGCAGUUCAAAGAGGUAAAAAAAAACCCACAAGGUUUGCGUUCGUAUCAAGUUUCACAAACCUACGAAGAAGACUGCUGGUUAGCGAAUUCGAUUGACCGGGAAAAGAAAUAAUAAUAUGGAGUUUCACCGGGAAAAGAAAGAAGGCGGUAAUCCAAAAACCAUUACGUAACAUCGUUUGCGGUGCGGAAGGCUUCGGGCACAUGUUGUUCGUAUUUUUGUCAAUGUUAGCAAACGGUAAAGUUUAAAAGAUGACAAAAGCAAGAAUAGUGGUUUAGUUUCUGUUCUUGUUAACUAUCUACGGCAAACCUUUCUACAAAGAUAUGUUGGCUGCAACGCAAUAGACAGAAAUACAGUGUUUUUUUAAGAAAUCACUGGUCAUUGAUUGGAAAAGACUUUUUGCACAAAAAAUAUUGAAUUCGAAAAAAUUUGAUCUCUUUUUCAACGAGGUUUGGGGAAAAGUAACCCACCUCAAGUUUUUUUUUUCUUGUUUUGGUUUUAGUUGGCUAUGUUUGACCCCACAAAGGGUGGCAAACAACAUUUUUCUCUUGAAAAUACUAACUUCUACACACUUAUUACUAUUUGACGCACACACAGAGAGACAACGAUACGAUGAAUGUGAAUUUUUUUUACUAGUUUUACAGUUUUACUAAAUCAUGACUGCGCGAAAACAAACACGUUCAUAGACACGGAUACAAUCAAAACUUUUUUUUAGGCUAGAGCAAAUAAUUGCACAUAAUUUUUAAGGUAAUCAAUCUGUAAUAUUUUAGCAGAGCAGUUUUUGUUCUAUACUAUUUUUUGCAGUAGGGGAGAUGAGGGCAUAAUGGGCACCUUAAGGAAAAUGCUUAUUUAGCCAUAGAGAACAGCUGUAAUAUGUGAAUUACAUCAUUGUUUCGUGUUCCGACACUCAAAUAGUCUAUUGUCUAAUUGGAUGAAACUUGAAAAAGUAGAUAAAAACGUUUAAAAAUGCAUUUUAAAAAUUUUUGCCGAAAGCUGAAAACCAGUCACUGUAGAGGCAUAAUGAGAAACCCCCCGAGGCAGUAUGAGCACCAUUAAUGAAGGCAUAAUGAGCAUUUUCUGCCGAGGAAUCUAGCAGCGAAUUCGUCUCGAUGAAGUCAAUUGAGUAAUAGAGCUACAGCUCAACUUGUACCGUCUGACGAUUUGGCCUAUUGGUUAGAUGUCGGAGAGAUAAUCAGUAGGCUCGAGUUCGAUUCCUGGUGGAGGUGAUUUUUUUUUUCUUCAUUUAUCAUUUAUGAUCAUGAUUGCACUAAACGGUGAGGCGUAGAUUCAUCAAACAAAGCAAAAACAAAAUAAUCUAGGUCUGUUUGUAGAAUUCAAAGAAUUAACACAUGUUCAUACAUUAUGUUUCUGGUGUUUUGUUUGACGGAUGAUGCUUUGAUGCUAUUAGCCGUAUAAUGUAACAAUAAAAAAAAAUCAAUCAUGAAUGGUAUGAGCAAAAAAAAAUCCCCUCGGACAGGAAUCGAACUCGAGUCUACUGAUUACCUCUCCGACAUCUAACCAAUAGGCCAAAUCGUCAGACGAUACAAGUUAAGCUGUAGCUCUAUUAUUCAGUUGACUUCAUCGAGUUGAAUUCGCUGCUAGAUUCUCCGGCAGAAAAUGCUCAAUAUGCCUUCAUUGAAAGUGCUCUGUUCGCCUCUAGUGAACAAAUUAAAGUAAAAACGCGUUUUACAAUUGAUUAAAGUGAAAAAUCAAAAAUUUUAUGAUGCUGAAAAUUUAGAAACAAUGUGUAGAUCAUGUUGCAGUGCAUACAUUUCAGAUCAGGAUGAUUUAAAGGUCAUAAAAGCUUAUUUGGUGGUGCUCAAAAAUUAUAAUAUUUUCGUCACUUGAGAACCUAGCUGGUUAUUAUUUAAUAUUUCUGUAAAUAUGAAAAGGAUAUUUCUUUUUUGGUGAAAAAUUAAUACUAUAGGUAGUACGAAACAAGUCCUCAUGAAAAUUUGUUUAAGAAAAUACGUACUUAUGUAGAAAAAUGGACUUCUCAUUAUGCCUCGGGUGCUCGUUAUGCCCUCAUCUCCCCUAGCUAUUCGUGUAGCAUGCACUAGGAAGACUUUAGAUUAGUUUUGCACUGGUUAAAACUGUCGGACCGGCGGAUUGGAUGUUGGGCAUAAGUAUCGGACAGUCUAACAUUGCCAUUUAUUUUUUUGUUACAAUUUGUUUGCGAUCUUUGAUGAAGUAGACCUUCGAAAUGAAAAAUUUAUCUAAGAGGAAUAAGAAUUGUUGUGCCGUUCGUGCACGGCAUUUCUCCGCUCAUAAUAGCGGAUAAAAAAUUCUAUUCUGAAUAAGUAAAUUUUCAAGUUUGCCGGCACAAGUGCUGGUAAAAUCUUAUACAGAGUUAGGAUUAGUGAACCGAGUUAAUCAAGGCGAUGCAUUUUCGAAAUCCCCUACUCUUUUCCCUGGAGUUUCCAAUAUCUUUGUUUUCUUUUGGCUUUGAUGUAUAAGGAAAUAUAAUUCCUUUUCAAUUUUUGAAUAACAUUCUUGAGUAAAAGUAUUUAAAUAAAAGAGAGCUAACAAGAGAAUAUUUACGAACAUGUCCUCUCGGUGAUCAUCAUUUAUUAAGAGACAUCCUUUCGCAAAUCACCUUUCAUUCAGAAAAUUUUUCUUAUGCAUGUCAUUUGCUAUACUUACUUAAAAAAAAUAUUCAUCAUCAUCUCUGUUCAGAAACCUAUCAGCCAUUUAAGGACUUAUGCUUCCGCAAGUCAUAUUCCUUUUUGGGGCUUAUUUUCUUGCUAGAUAUUUUUAAUGUAGAAGUUAUUUUCCUUGUGUGGAGAUUUGUUCUCUUAAGUUAUAAAUAUUCAAGAGGCAUUUUCCCUUUUAUGCCAUCUUUUGUUGAGAGAUUUGUACUCUCGCUAGAAAUUUUGGAGACUGGACUCUCAACAAUAUUUUUUUAUUUACAUACCUCUUCUCUCAAAUCAUCUUUUUUCAGAGAUCUCCUCUCUCAAAGCCUCUUUUUCUAGAGAUCUCCUCUCUCAAACCCUUUUUUCUGAGACUUUUCUCUCUCGCAAAUCAUCUUUUUUGUCAUCUUAACACGUUCGUCGCCACGUCACCCAUAUAUGGGUGACGGCUCUCUUAAGCAAGGUUGCCGCUCAGUUCUGCCACGCGUUGUAAAUCUGAAGCUCUCUCGCUUUACUUUCAUGCUCUGAGAUUUUUUUUGGGCGACGAACGUGUUAAAUUAAUUCAUCUUUAAAUAGUGACGUUUUCUUAAACCAUAGUUUUUGAAGCCUUCUCUCCUAAAUCUUCUCAUAAUGGAGGAGUCAUCUUCUAUUCAUCUUCUAUUCAGGGAAUUGCACUCUCGUAACUCGUAAGUCAUCUUUUAUUCAGAGUUCUGAUUUCUCUCAUGUUGGCAAUUGUCCUCUCGCAAAGUCAUCUUUCCUGUAUACCUAAUCGUGCCCUCGCGCAAAUCAUUUGUUAUUGCAAUGCCAAGACUUACGCUCUCAACAGUUAAAUUUCAUUUAAAGAUUUUGUAUCUCUCAAUUCAUACUUUUUAAGUGGGUUGUGCUCUCGCAAAUCACCUUUGGAUUUAAAUCAUCGAUGUGGCCAUCUUUUAUUUAGAACUUCUCAAGGGCGCUAUUCAAACGAAGUAAGAAGAAAUUUACCCAAUAGGGUAACUAAUGGUACAGUGAGACCGCAAUUUGUGACCAAAACAGGGCAAUGAUCCACUUUGGAGUAUAGCAGGUGCAUUAUCAAAUCCGAACGGCAUAUUUGAAUGUUCGAAGUGCCCUUUUGUGAAAAGACCAAAAUUUAUGCAAAAUUUGAUAUGUUCAUUUUCUCUUGACAAGUAACUUCAUCGAGGAAAACCUCGGUGGCAUUUCAGUAGACACACAAAACAGUUACAAAUCAAGAGGAUUUCUUCGCUCUGUCUGUUUAUUGAGGCAUUGUUUGCUGAAGAUGAAUCGAAGGAAUUUUAAAUAUUUUUUUUAGAUUGCUUGACCAACAAACGUUUGGAUCCAUUAUAACAACAAAUCUACCUUAGGAAAUUAUGUUUAAACUUGAAGUUUCUAAGUACAAAACUACAUUAAAUAGACGGUACGAACCGACCACUAGAUCGAAAAUUCAUUUUAGCUUUACAUUUGGUUUUCGCACUAUGACAUCUCACGAUCGGACGUGACUUUUGUUAUAGGGAGUUGUUCGAAUAAAAAUACAAAUCAUAAACAAGUGUAAUUUCUAGUCGCGAUUUGUUUCCAAUUUUAGUCCAAUUUGGGACAAAAACUAUGCAAAUUUAGGUUAUAAUUGAACUGUGGAAAAAGUAAAAAAACAGUAAAACACUCAGUUGGCAAAUAUAAGAAGAAAAAUGGCCUAAUAAAACUUUAGUGGCAAAAUGUGUGCGAUUUAAAAACCACACAAAUAAAAUCAAUGCAAAAACUGAGACAUGAUGAACACAAACAUAUACCCAUACCAACACAACUUGUGCAAAAGUCGCAGAUUUUUUUAGAUUGUUAAAAACUAAAUGAAAACGUGCAAAUUUGUGUAGAAGCCACAUAAAACCAAAUAACUUACUGACUUAUCCAACCAAAAGAAGUUGCGUUAAGACACAAUAGGUACCGUUUGAGUAGAAGAGUGUGGUAGUAAAAAAAUUAGUGAAAUUUUCAUUUGAUUUUAGAUUUGGAUACAUAAACACAUAUAAGCAUCGUGCUCUCAUUUACGGAACAGAAUUCACAGACAAAAUAUAAACCGAAUGGUUUAUUUUUCUGUUGGUUCCCUCAGUUUUGUACACAAAAAGACCAAACCCAUGGAUUGGAACGUUUUUUUUUGUAUAUGUUCUAGUUUGUCGAAAGCAUUAUAACUGCAACUGUUAAGGUUAAAUUUGGGCUAAAUUUUACUCUCUCAGAAUAAAUUGUUUUUUAUUAGUUUUCUGACGUUGAGAAGAGAAUGAUUCUGUACAGAGACGUUUGUUUGUUAGUUUUUCAUGUGUUCUGAAGUUUACAGCGGAACUUGAUUCUCGUACAAAACAAAGACAGCGCAUUUUAACUUAGUUGCUAAACUGAAAGUUUUAAGAACCUCAUAGAGGGGCAUUUAGAAAGAAUGAUUUGAUCAUAGUUGUAAAACAAUACAACGAUACAUACUUAUUAGUUUACUUUCAAGCUCUUUUAGAACAGGAAACAUGAUGAAAACAACCAAGUGCCAUGACUUGCUCAAUAUUGUUCCACGGGGUAUUUUGUUUUCCAUUCAUUACUUGGCAAACUACUCAUAGAAGCGAUUGAAACAGCUCCUGGUCCUUCGUACCAUUACACCAUGAAAGAUGGCAGGUGCGUACAUUAACCCGAAUGUUAUACGGUAAAUACUCAAAGUGUACACUAAACGAUUUUAACAAAAUCUGGACAAUUUUUUUUUACAACAAUCUAUUUCAAGUUAGCAACGAGUUUAAACAACGGAUGUAAGUUUAAGUUAAUAUUAAAGACAAAAAACAACUUCCCUCCUUGGUUUAUGCUCAAUUUCUUCAAGAGGACAUACAUUUUUUUUGACCGUUGAGUUGACACGGAUAAUCUGAGCAACUCUUACUUUAGAAGCUUCAACUUUUUUUUGAGAAAAGCUUCACGAAGGGAAGCCGGUUCCGCUAUACAAACAAUCAAUUGUUAAGGUUAUCACCCGUUAGGGAAAAAAACUACAAGAAUCAGUUGGAUUAAGUCGAUACAAAAACAAAAUCAUUGACGAUGCUAAGACACAGAUAGACAAACAUAAAAUCCAGAAGUAAGAAAACAAACGUAAUACGCACACAGACAAAGUAUUCAGUCCUACGUAGUAGAACAUAAAUUUAAACAAGCAAAACUUAUCUAGUUAGCGGUAAGCGAUGUUUAGAGAGAAGAGAUUUAGUAGAAAGAAUCGAAUAAAAACGACCGGUAUGUUUCGCCACCAUUUAACUGGAGUUGGUGGCAGUCACAUCUUGACUCGAAACCGAACUCUAUUCGAUUUUCGUUAGUUUUAUUUAGUUUCCGAAAACUUUCCUUUUUGUCUUUGGUUUCACUUCUUUCGAGCUUUGUUGUGGUUUUUCUCUUUUGUUCCCUUCAUGGUUAGGUUUCCUAUUUUUAUCCACUAUAUAUUUUUUUAUUGUUCAACUCAAUCUCAAUCAAUCAUGUUUUGGAAUAGUAAAAUAUCUCAGCAGCGGAAACCUCAAGCCAGUGUUGCGAAAUUUUAACACGGUGCAUUCACGCGAAGCCACUGUCGAAUUUCAUCCUCGGUAUUUUAGAGGGUUUCCUCUCUGGAGCUGCUUUUUGGGAGCAGUUCGCCCUGAGGAGAAUGUCAACCAUGUUGAGGGCAAUACCAAGAAGAAUCGUAUCCCAGUAUUGACGACCUCAAAUAUAUGGCCUGAAAGACUAUCCACAGACCCAGUGUACCCAAGUGACUUCUGGCCCCGUGGGAGUGCAGAAGCAAUCGACUGAAGGCGUCACCGGGAUAAGAACACAUCGCUGAAGAUCAUGGAACUCCCAGACUAUUUCGGUCGACACUGGAGAACUGUACAUUGAAGAGCGAGUUUUUCAUCUGAUGUGUGGACUAAGGCAGCUAAGAUUUUCGUAGUUGGCUGUGACCUGUCCCACUGGCCGAAGUAAAAGUAGAUCUAUCAACCAACAAGCUGUAUCAAGGAAGGAAAACGAAUGGUCGUCGAGCCAGAUCAAUUUGAAGGUGCUCGGAUCGAAAUCUCUGAACGCCUUCGAAUCGGGAGUCAUUGAAAAACCGUCGGAUCGGAACCAUUGGAAGGGUAUCGAGCCGAAGGAGCGUCGAAAAGGCUACGAUGAUGAUAUUAUACGCUAGAGAUAGCUUGUGCUGACGGCUCUUCCUAAACGGGUCCUCUGCUUGUUGUGCACACAGCUGUUGUUGUUUUGUGUGCUGUCGACCUGUAAGGCUCUUGCUCGUGCCUACGGCCUCGGCCUUACGGGAUUGGUGAACUAUAGCUACUAACCUCGCUUCUGAAACCCUUUGGAGAAUUUGACGUAAGAAAACGGUGCGACCUUUGAUUCGAAAAGUUUAUCCCAGUUUAAACUAACUUGAGUUAAUACCAUUAACUUCACUCGUUGCCUCCAUUCAACUUUUUUUUGGUGAUUUCCUUUGUGUAAUGAUAAUUCCUUUCCGAAAUCAUUUCAAAUAGACGUGAAACGUCACUACCAUCUCGAUACGACGAAACUGCAAAAGAAAGGUUGAAACAUUAAUAAUGAAUGUUUGUAUGAAUAUAUAUAUAUAAAAAAAACAAAACAAAACAAAAAAUACAGCGAAGACACUUGUAGGAAAAAAAAACAAAUUACCACGUAUUGUUCGACGGCUAAUGCUCUAGCGGAUGUCAACCAAAUAAUAUCGUAUACCAAGAAGAGAAGAAAACAAGCCGAAAAAAAUUGUUGUCAAAUGAAUUUAAAAAAAUACCUGACAGAAAAAAAAACUUAAAGUCAGAGCACAAAAAAAAAGAAAUCUUUCAAAUCAAGCUCAUGGUAGAAAAAAGGAAAAACAAGCCAAAACUAGAAUGAAGAUGUUGUAUGAAUUGGGAGGGCAGAUAAAAGAAUAAAUAGAAAAUCGAAAAACGAGAAAGACGAAUCACAAUGAAGCAAAAAACUAAAACUGAAAACAAACCAGAUCAUAUACCAAUAUAUACAUACAUACCUACAUAUUGCAUAAUAAUAGCAAACAGAAGAAAAGACGCGCAGUAACCGAAAAGCACAAACUAGUAAAGUAGGAGUAGUAAAUUAAAAGACAAAAAAAAACAAAAAAAAAAUAACAAUGGAAAAGUUUAGUUUCUUCGGAGAGGCAGCGAAACAAAAGAGAAUAAAAAUAAAAAUAGUAAUAUACUUUCGAUGUUGAGAUGAGUGCGCUUGUGUAAACUGGAGAAUGAAAGAAUUGUGCGUAUGACUUAGAAGCGAGACAACCUGUUUUAUUUUUGGAAAAAUUGGAAACGAGCUUAGCUAGAAGAGAUGCAAAUAAAUUAUUGGAUUCGAUUAAAAAAAACUAAAAUAAACGAAUAAAAAGUAAAUAUAUUUUUUCAUUGGAAUAACAAACUUGAAAUGUGACUAGAGUUGAGCGUCCGAGGGAGAGAAAAAUAAAAAAACAGUAUGACAAAUAAAAAGAGACGUAUAAGUGCGCAAGAGCGAUAAAAAGUUAAAAACUAAUCGAAACUAGAAGAAGCUAAGAACAAUUACACUGUUGAAUAUAAUAUGCCAUCGUCGUCAGAUGACGACAAUCGGAACGAAUGCGAAAGUUUAAACAGACUCUAUCCAGGUGAGAUAUGCAGCCAUCCUUAUUGAUGUUUCGAGAUGGAAAAAAAUGCAACAAUUAUUACUGAGCAUCGUGAAACUCUAUUGUUUUUUGGGUGCGUGUAGAAUAAGUGAGUGGCCGACUGCACGAGAAAGACGAUAAUGAUGAGUAAUAAUUAUUACUCACGAUCUCGAUACCAAAUGCGAAAUGUUAGAGUAGAUAUUAUAGAAUACAACACAGAAAUCAAGAAGUUAUUAUAUAUGAAUUGAGAAGUUAGACAGAGAGAGUGUGUGAGAGAGAGAGAGAGUCACAUAGAAACACAUUAGCCUAUAGCAAGAACAAGUGGAGAGAAAUGUGAAAUGAUUUGAUUGAAAUGAUGAUUUUCAUAAAUAAAUGUUUGUAUAUGUA